AUGUGGUGUUCACUUUCACGUUGGGGCCACAAUAGCCGCACACCUCGUCAUGCGUCUUGGGAUUUUCUUUUUCUGGUUUUGAUAGACUUUGCAAGACUGGAAGGCCGUUUUGGUUUUGAUCUUCACGCAUUUGCCGACGCUUAUUGUUAUGCCAAGAGUGCUUCCAUAUUUCAGACAUAUAUUAACGCAAUGGGCCCCCAGCAGCAUUUUCUCCAAAACUACAAAAUGGAAGUUUCGAGUUUGAUUAACAAGCAGUACGGUGCUCCUCCAAGACUGACGCCUCCAUCUUCUCCAUACAGCGCCAUGUCGGACCAGUUACCUCCACCCCGCGUACAAUUGCCCUCUAUCAAGCGCAUUCUGGACUCGUCCAUUCUGGACUCGAUGAACAGAUUCCCCCCACCAUCCCACGAGCACCCCGCCAUCCCAAUUCUACCCAGCCCGGUGCACCAGUACCCUUAUUCUCCGCUUUCCUCCAGAUCCAGCUCGUAUUCCGCCGGCAUCGAAUACCAACUGCCUGCCCCACUGGUCACCCAGCGCUCCCACCCGCAACUCUCUUUCCCAAAACUCUCGCCAAUAGAACAGUCCAGCCCGCAACUGGUUUCCAAGUCUGAUUCCGAGGAAAUGAGUCCCUCGUCGCCAAAUUCCGACUCUGAGUAUUACGCGAAAAACUUCAAGAAGAAGAGAUCCAACCUGCCCAAAAAGACAACGGUUAUCCUGCUCAACUGGUUGAACGAUAACCUGGAACACCCAUACCCGAACUCGAAGGAGAAACAGGAGCUGGUGACCAAGACCGGUCUCAGCAACCAGCAGCUGUCCAACUGGUUCAUCAACGCCAGAAGACGCAAGAUCCAGCUGCUACGGGAAAUGAAGUCCAACAGCACCACGGUGUAG